AAAUAAGCGGAGCUCGGGCCGACCGCUAAGCAUCCACGUUGGAGGCCGUCUCUCCUGCGGAAAGUGGAAAGGACCUGUUGCUCGUCACAGUGGGCUUCGGCCGACCUCAGCCCCGCGUCCGGCACCUGCCGUCGGCCGGCCGGCCUCCCCGGCGCGGCGACCAGACUCCCCCGGGCCGCGGGGUGCGGCGGCGCGAUGCGGCCCGUGGACGCGGACGGGGAGCGGGCCCCCGACGACGACGACUGGGCGAGGCCCCCGAGCCCUGUGCUCCUCGCCGACCGCCGGGACGUCGCCGCCCUCGAGCGCGAGCACGUGCGCGCGCACCUGCGGGCCCGCCGGCGGCUGCGGGAGAUCGAGGGCCUGCUGGACGAGAUGAAGAGCGAGGUGGAGGCCUCGGGGGCCGGCGCCCUGGACCCGGCCGGCAGCGCAGGCGCCGCGGCGGAGGAGCGGGUGGUGAAGCUGUGCGAGGAGGUGGAGAGGAAGGCGGUGGAAGCCGCGCUGAUGGGGCGGAGGAUCGUGGAGCUGCACCGGCAGAUGGACGGCUCCGGGUGUUACUGACGACGCCGCGGCGGAGAUUGAGGUCAGAAUUCUUCAAGAAAGAAGAUUCUCCUUGGCUGCAGCUGCUGAAGCAAAAACCCAAACCCCAGACAAGGGUGUGGAUGCCACUACUUUGGAUAAGAUGGAGAAGGCCCAGAGGACUCUUGGGCACGGAGAGUGGUGGCGUGUGAAUUUUGGGGGUUCAGAGUCCAUCACAUCAACUGAGAAGAGCUGUGUUCUUUUGGUUUUCUUUGUUUCUUUCAGAAUUGUAAUUUUUCUGUGACGUGUUAAGCAGUGCACAUCAUGUAACCUGUCUGGUGAGUAACCUGAAAUAGGGUGAGUUCUAGGUGACACGUGUAUCUGCUGACUUUGGGGCAGAAUUUUUUCAUAUGAUGCAGUUAUGGGUUUCAGAGGCUUCUCUGCCACAGGUGCGCAUGACCUCCACAGAGGCCUGGAGGGCUGAGGGAGGAAGGCACGGGGCUGGCCAUCGGGGACCCCAGACUGAUGGUAGGAGGCAUCUUCCAGGUUUAGAUGGUGUCCAGCUUGGGUCAUCAGAGCAGACCUCACAGGUAUACAGGUCAGAGCUCUGGCUUGUUAUGCUGAAGUUUAUUUGCUUGGAAAAACAAACACUGAAAGACAGUUUUUGUGCAAAUGAGCAAAGCCAUUGAGUUGGCGAAGAGAAAAUGAGAAUAAAUAAACUUUUUCCAGAAUGUAA